CGGCAGAUGUAACUACCAUAUAUGGAUCGCGCUUGUUUCGCAUAUUGACAUAACURGUAUCUCUAUGACGUAGUUAGGUUGCUCAGGGUAGCUGACACUUGAUACGAUCAGUUUUGCUUGUCCCACUUGUGAUUUGGAUUGCCUUUGACGUCGGAACAGAGAACAUUUUURCCCACAAUGGCACUUCACUAAAUUAGAGUCUGUGAAUCAGUCUGUUCAGAAUUCUGCAAAGAAGCCGAUUUGACCUACCAACAUGUCAUGUCUUCAGUGCAUUUCAUGCAACUCUUCGAUUUUUGAGACUGCAAACCUGUGUAAAUGCGGUCACGUUAAURAAGCCAUGCGCACUAUAGCUGGAAAGAGAUUUUCUGGUUACAGAGAAGAACUUUACACUCGAAGGGUCAUCAAAGAGAGUCGCGACGAGUAUMGACGAAAGAAACGGGAAUCCCGCGGGAUUAAGCCAAGGAAGCGGCGACCCCUUCAAAACCGACAGGCUCAAAAACARGAAAGUAAACUGGUCAGCAGCAUCCUCCCAGAGCAUCAUAMUAAUAKGCAAAAAUUACCUCGUGGAUUGGAUAGUCAUGAACAGAUCAAACCAGCCCCACCCUGCGCAAUCGGUCCCCAUAGCAACAGAGAUAAUCAGCAUAUAACAACCACUUGUAACCUAUCCUCUAUAUCCGAUUCGACAGAAAAUAGCAUGGUACKUGACGUCACAUCAAAAGAUCACGUGAUGCGUGACGUCACGAGCCAAAAUUCUCUAAUGAAUAGCAUCUCUCYGAAAAAAACCCGGCAAAAUCCUCAGUAUGGUCGUCGUGCUGUAAUAGGCGAUCAUGAGACUGGAGUCCUUACGACGCCUCUCGACCAGUUAGCAAURGCGGGUCCCUUGGAGGAGAUAAACAAAAAACUAAGAAAUCAAAGUACAUUUUGGAUGUGCUUGGUUUAAUAUAUGCAUUAGACUAUGUCGGUCUUAGUUUKAAUCGUGUAAAAAAGAAUUUGUCAAUAGACCUUUGAAGCUUUUAUAUGACAUAUGGCAAACGCAAUGCAUUGUAGGAUAUGUUUGGGACAAUAUAAAUGGGGACAAAUAUAAAUAUAUAUAAAUUUUAUUUCGUGGUAACUAGCGGUAAACUAGUUUGAGUUUUGUCGGUGUGGUUUCUAAAGAAACAGUUUUGUAAAGAGAUAAAUUUAACACCGUAAACACUGACGUUUUCGAAGCUUAAUCCGUCGGAGUAAAGAGAUGAAUUUUAUUUGUUUUUUUUUUUCCUUCUAAGUGAUCCCACAAUGCAUUGCAAACAAGUGGUAACAUAAAAGUGUCAAAAUGCUAUUAUUUGUAAACUCAACUAGAUUCCUUUCUUUAAAACGAAAUAAAAUCCCUCGGCGUACAAAAAUCCAGA